AUUGCACCUGGUGACCCACACUUAUGGUCAAACCAUUAUUAGACUCGAGUAUCCUGAGCUCGCGCUAGUUGGUGCCUCUAAUGCCCGUUUUCUCAUUGAACCAAAGAUCAUUAUGAUGAAGUCGAUAUGCUGUUAUUUUGUAAAAGUACCCGGAGGGAAGCGGAGGGAGGCAAUAGCCAAGAGCGAUUGA